AUCGGAACAUUAGGUAUCGUAGCAAGCGUAAUGUUUGUUUUUUAGGAAAGGGAAAAGAUAAUUAACUGACGAGGCGAAUUGAAACGUCGGCAAGAUAACGCAACGACGCAGACGACGUGUGGGAUACUCCGGCGGAUUGGCGGUGCCAGGGUACGGAUUUGGCAACAAGAUGCACCAGCAACACAUGGACCUGCAUGCGCCAGUGGACUUAAACAAGUCCCUGGACGAGAUGUCUCCGGAGGAGCGCAUGCGAGCGGAACACCAGCUAAUGGUGGAGAAGCACCGUGGCCACGACGCCAUGCACUCAGAGAUGGUGAUCAUACUCUUUGUGACCCUGGUCAUAGCCCAGAUUAUUCUGGUCGAGUGGAAGAAGCGGCACUACAGCUCCUACGCCUUCGUUACCCUAUUGGCCAUGUGGCUCAUCCCGCUAAUAAUCUCGUGCAGCUUCGGUUGGGUGCGCUUUAUCAUCAUCUGGCUGAUAUUCACUUUCAUCACGGCCCUGGUGAUGCGGAGGGCGACCAGCAAGCCCAUCCAGGGUACAACGCCUAGGCUGGUCUACAAAUGGUUCUAUUUCAUCUACAAGUUGAGCUAUGGCUUGGGCCUGGUCGGCUACUUGGUGAUCAUGGCCGCCUUUCUUGGCAUGAACUACGUCUUCUCGCAGCCCCCAAACGCCUGGAUGGACGUUGGCCUAAUGUUCUGUUUUUACGGUCUAUAUAUCGGAGUCCUCGGCCGGGACAUAUCCGAGAUCUGCUCCGAUAAAAUGGCUGCUGCCAUCGGCUACUACACGCCUCAGGGCAUACCAACCCGACACCUGGACCAGAACGUCUGCGCCGUGUGUGGAAACCAGCUAUUGGUCUCUGAAAAGGAGGAGGGCGUCAUUGAGAACACUUAUAAGCUGUCGUGCCAGCACGUAUUCCAUGAGUUCUGCAUACGCGGUUGGUGCAUCGUUGGCAAGAAACAGACCUGUCCCUACUGCAAGGAAAAGGUUGACCUCCAGAAGAUGUUCCGCAAUCCCUGGGAGAAGCCUCACGUCUUAUACGGACGCUUGUUGGACUGGAUUCGCUGGCUGGUGGCCUGGCAGCCGCUUAUCUUCUUCAUAGUACAAGGCAUUAACUGGAUGCUGGGCCUAGAGUAGGUUCCCCCUGGCCCGCCUUCGCUUUCCUGGGCGUCUAGUCAAGCACACACACACACAGACACAUAUACACACACACAUUAUAUUAAGAAGAAGCACACACUAUUAUUAUUACUUCAACUGCAAUAUUAAGACCGACAGACCAAUUGGAGCACCAGCACCACUCAAUCGCCAUUCAUUCCAAUUCCAAACCGCUCCCCGUCCAGAUGUCCGGGGUGCGGCGGUGCCCGAGGAGCUGAGCGGACGGCUAGCUCCACCUUUCGCGGCUAGCUUCCCAGCACCCGACCUUUCCAUGGCUCAGACUUAACUCGAAACGAAAAUGCAAUUUUGGAUAUAUGUAUGUGUAUAUCUAGUAUCUAUAUAAUACAUAGCUCGAUGUAUUUUAUGUACA